AUGCAGGAACCACCUUCAGAGACACCGGGAAGUCCAUUGCACCCAGCACCAAACGAAGAAAUUGACCCACUGAGUCUCCCAACUACGCAAUUGGAAAACAAUGAUAUUGACUUGAAUCCCGAGCUCUACAGCGACAACAAUAAUGUCAACCUUGGUAAUAGCAAUAGUAAUAAUAAUGAUAAUAUUAAUAAUGAUAAUAAUGGAGCCACUGACUACUAUACCGAACCCAAUCUAACAAGCAACAACAUUAACGGCAACAAUUCAAAUAUAGCUAAUUAUGAGGAUUACGGCAAAAAUAACAGUAAGGGCCUAUUACAACAAUUGAAUCUUAGAAGCGCUGCACUUGAAACUGAAAACCUAAAGCAGUCAUUUGAAUCUCCAGAGCGCCAAAACACUGUCUUGCCACUACAAACAAAGCUGAUCCACCAAAUCACUGAACCAUUCCAGCAAAUUUAUCUCCAAUUUAAAAACAACUUUGACUCAUCUCCACAAGCACAUCCAAUCACCUCGGCCCAAGAAUCACGAUUCAUCAAUAUCAUAGAUGAACAGCUCUUGCAAAUUCAGCGCAAGUUUGUCAAACAGCAAUCAGACACCAAGAUUACUUAUUCCUGUUCAAACCUAAUCAUGGACUUGGACGGUGUUUUGGACACUUUGUGGCUCCUGAUACAACUAAAACAGCGUUUGUUUGGCCAGCAAGAUUACUAUAUCAAGAUUUUGGGUGACCUCGAAGAUUACAUAAACCAUUAUAGACGAAUAUUUGAUGAAAUUUGGAUUGAAUCCAAUGUACAAGGCAAAUUUCUAGAUUUGGAAAUGAAAAAAGUUGAGGCAUUCUUCAAGUUCUUGCAGAAAUUAGACCUACAACUCAGCUUAUUGAUUGAUGGAUACUAUUUGCACUCGGGAAAAGUACAAACUGUGAACCUCGAUGCAGACACACAACAACAAAAGCAAUCCAUUGGACAAGAUCUACAAAGAUUUAGUAGCACAGGACUAACUAGACUAUUGUUGAUUAUAUCGAGAACGAGGUUGGCGAUUAUUGAAAAGAUCGACGCUGUGAGAGUCAAAGUACUGCAACAAGAAAUAAGAGACUUGUUGGAGUUGGAAGUAAGUAGGAUUUUUGAAGGUGUAUUGGAACGAUCUUGA